AUGAUCACUCGCUUCCUGACCUCGGUUUCGACCGCUUUCUCUCCCUUCAACCCCAAGUCUGGCAAGACGGCCCGCAACUUCCUCGCCCUUCUCCCGCCAAACGCCCGCAGCACAAUGAAGAUCGAUGUCAAGCAACUGUCCAGAGCCGACGCCUACAAGCCCGGUCUGCUUGCUCUCAAAUUCAAGGAUGGCAAAGAAAUGAACCUCGAUUUGGACACCUUGAAGAUCAAGGACAUCAUGACCGAAGUGGACAGACACUCGCGCAUGCUCGGCAGAAAAGAAGAGCUUGCUGGUUAG